AUGGGCUCCAUUCUGAGCCGCCGCAUCGCGGGUGUGGAGGACAUCGACAUUCAGGCUAACUCGGCCUACCGCUUCCCCCCGAAGUCAGGAAACUAUUUUGCCUCACACUUUUUCAUGGGCGGUGAGAAGUUCGACACCCCCCACCCCGAAGGCUACCUCUUUGGCGAGAACUCGGAUCUGAACUUCCUGGGUAGCCGUCCAGUCCAGUUUCCUUAUGUCACCCCUGCCCCCCACGAGCCGGUGAAGACACUGAGGAGCCUGGUGAACAUCCGGAAGGACUCCCUGCGGCUCAUAAGGUACAAAGAUGAUGUUGAGAGCCCCACAGAAGAGAAUGAGAAGCCCCGGGUCCUCUACAGCCUGGAGUUCACCUUUGAUGCUGAUGCCCGAGUGGCUGUCACUAUCUACUGCCAGGCCACUGAGGAGUUCCUCAACGGCAUGGCCGUGUACAGCCCCAGGAGUGCUGCCCUGCAGUCCGAGACUGUCCAUUACAAGAGAGGAGUGGGCCAGCAGUUCUCCCUGCCCUCCUUCAAGAUUGACUUCUCCCAGUGGAAAGAUGAUGAGCUGAACUUUGACCUAGACCGGGGUGUGUUUCCAGUGGUCAUCCAGGCUGUGGUGGACGAAGGGGAUGUGGUGGAACUGACUGGCCACGCACAUGUGCUCUUGGCGGCCUUUGAAAAACACAUGGAUGGCAGCUUCUCUGUGAAACCUUUAAAGCAGAAGCAAAUCGUGGACCGAGUCAGCUACCUGCUGCAGGAGAUCUAUGGCAUCGAGAACAAGAACAACCAGGAGACCAAGCCCUCAGAUGAUGAGAACAGUGACAACAGCAACGAGUGUGUGGUCUGCCUGUCAGACCUACGGGACACACUGAUCCUACCCUGCCGCCACCUCUGCCUCUGCAACUCCUGUGCCGACACCUUGCGCUACCAGGCCAACAACUGUCCCAUCUGCCGGCUGCCCUUCCGGGCGCUCCUCCAAAUCCGGGCUGUGCGGAAGAAGCCAGGAGUGCUGUCACCUGUAUCCUUCAGCCCUGUGCUAGCCCAGAAUGUGGAACAGGAUGAUCACUCUUGCCCCUUUAAAAAAUCAAAGUCGCACCCCGCCUCACUGGCGAGCAAGAAACCCAAAAGGGAGACAAGUCCUGACAGUGCCCCGCCUGGCUAUGAGCCCAUCUCCCUGCUUGAAGCCCUCAAUGGCCUGCGGGCUGUGUCUCCUGCCAUCCCCUCGGCCCCCCUGUAUGAGGAGAUCACCUACUCGGGCGGAUCUGAUGGUUUGUCUCAGGCCAGCUGCCCGCUGGCUGGCAUCGAGCAGAUUAUGGACAGCACUCACCAGCAAGCCAAGCCGCGGGCCAGGUCUCCUGACAGCACUCUGCGGUCCCCGUCAUCCCCGAUUCACGAAGAGGAUGAGGAGAAGCUCUCUGAGGAUUCAGACAUGCCGCCUCCACUUAGUGGAGCUGGCCUAUGUGAGAGCAGCUCUCCUGAGAGUUUCAUCAUGGACGAGGCUGAUGAGGUGUCAUCGCUGAAGCAAGGGAACCAGGCCCUGUCCAUCGAGAGUGUCCUGCAGGACGGCAGCCCUGAGCACCAUGGCCUCGGUCCACUUACUGACAUCUAUCUGCCAGCCCUGGGCCCUGACUCCUGCUCUGUUGGUAUAGAGGAGUAA